AUGUCAUUCAUCCACGAUGACCUCCGUCGAGUCGAUGCCACCCUCGAUAAAUUCCAGCUCAGAGAUGCCGAAGAGAGAUCCGCGCUCGCCGCCGCCGAAAGACUGCAGGCGACCGUUUCCACCGACGAAGACCCCCACAGCCUGCAGCUGAAGGCGAUUGUAAGAGCUCUGUCAACGACAUCAAGGUCCAAUCCACUGUUGCGGCGCUCAAGAGUGAGGAGCUUGUUGGCGCAGAUUUCACACAAGAGGUCUGAAUACACGGCGACACAAACAACCUCGCAAGAGGUAUCCAAUCUAGAAUGGGUGGCUGUGGGGAAAGCCACCGCUCAAGUAUACGGCUUGAUCCUUGACUCGCUGUUAAACAGGACCAUCCCCUUGAGUGAGUCGAUUUGGUACUGGGACGACGUACUCGGGUCAUAUGCAAACACCGCCCUGUACACGGUGCAGAUGUCGCCCGUCAAGUUUUGGAAGCAGGCCAAAGAAGUCUACGCGGACGCUCGGCAGAAAUUCAGAUCAGGCACACAUAUAAGAGCCUCGGCACAAGAAGCUACAUCUACGCUUUCGGCGGGCUGGCGAGAAUUUUACGGCCUCGUCCAAAACAGUAUUAAGGAGAGAUCCUUGGCCCAAGCACAAAGCAAGAUCCUCUCGCCCUUUUCCAUAGCUCGGAUAGAAGUCCGCCGAAAUCUCACACACAUCACAAAUUUGCGGCGGACGAGUGCAACAACUAUCGGACGACUUGUUCGAGAGUGUCUCGUGUUUGAUGGUGCUUCAGAGGAUCGAAAACAUGGUGCGCUUCCUAUGCUGAUGGAGGCACAAGAAGAGGAAGACUGGCAAACUACUGUUGCCAGGGCCGUCAAUUUACUCGGAGGAGCUGUACGGUCUCAGCAACAAGAAGACGACGAGGAGGAGAACGACGACGACUCAAUCGACCCAGCGACUGCCUCGAGCACUGAGGUGGCUCAUGCAUUAAUCAAGAUCCUAGACGAGCACCUCCCCCAGCAGGAAACCCAAGCCGAUGCCUUGAGGUCGGCAUACGGCAAACCGUCUCGACUGAUACGGUACUGGAUCCCAGCCGUUGGGAUUGUGCUUUCCGGCAGUACCUUGCUCAGAAUCGUCUCAAAUCGACGUGCAGAGAUCGCACAGUGGUUCCGCGACCUCGGCCAGACGGCGAUCGACUUCUGGAUCAAUUGGGUCCUGGAGCCUACGAAGAAACUGAUUGGCACCAUCCGCCACGACGAAAACAGCGAAAUCGCUAUUCAAAGCCGAGACAGCCUUCAAGCCGACAGAGACAGCCUGGAGCGCAUGGUCGUCGACUUUGCAAUCCAACACCCUGAAAAUGGGACGUCGUUCACCGAGAGCCAAAUCGCCGACAUCAGAAGCAAAGUCAAACAGGGCGAUCUGACGUCCGUCUUGAAAGCGUACGAGCGUGAAAUGCAAAGCCCUAUCAAAAAUGCGAUCGCAGGCGACCUCAUCCGCACGCUGCUCAUCCAAGUCCAGAAAACAAAGGUCGACGUGGAAGUCGCCAUCGGCGGCAUUGACUCCAUCCUCAAGAGCCAAGAAUUGCUCUUCGGCUUUGUCGGCAUCGCGCCCGGGGUACUCAUAUCCUGGGCGCUCUUUCAAUGGCUCCGAGGUACGUUUGGAGGUCGAAAGGGCCUGCAGCAGGGCCGGAGAAAGGGUGAAGCUAUUCGUCUCAUCAGAAACAUCGAUCGUACAUUGACCAACUCGGACCUCGACGGUGACAACAUCAUUUCCGAAGAAAACCACGGCCUGCUGCUCUGCGAAUCGCACCUGCUGCGGCAGCGUGUCACGCAGGUCCUGCCGAAGAACUUCCAGCGAGAGUUCCUCGAGGACCUCGACGAUCUCCUCGACGUUAAGGGCGCGGUGACGAAGCAGGUCAAUGCCCUCCGCAGAAUUGAGUGGGCCUAUGCCAAGUGGUUGCGCUGA